GCACAGUUUUAGUAGGAUGUGAUUUAGCUCUAAAUGUUUGAAGCUGGAGUUUGACAGGAAGAUCGUUUUAUUAAUGACUACUAAUAGGCUUUAUCAUAAGCUUUGUUACAAAGACUGAAGACCGAGGGACGACCGAGGGACAAGUUUUACGUGUGUUAAGAAAAAAUAAAUAAUUAGUUGCUAAGCAGCAUAGACGUGAAAGUGAUAUAGCUCUAAUUGUUUGAAGCUAGAGUUUCACAGGAAGAUCGUUUUAAUGACUACGAAUAGGAUUUAUCAUAAGCUUUGUUACAAAGACUGAAGACCGAGGGACAAGUUUUACGUGUGUUAAGAAAAAAUAAAUAAUUAGUUGCUAAGCAACCUAGACGUGAAAGUGAUAUAGCUCUAAUUGUUUGAAGCUAGAGUUUGAUAGCAAGAUCGUUUUAAUGUUUGCCAAACGGACUUUUCAUAAGGUUUGUUUUAAAUAUUGAAGACAAAUGAACAAGUUUUACUCGUGUUGAUUAAAAAAUCUAAUUAGUUUGCUAAGCAGCGCGAACGUGAAACUUCUAAACAAGAAACAGGCAUAAAAUUUUUUCUCUCGCUGGAGUAUAUUUCUUCCUCAUCACGUGAUGGUUCUAACUGGAGUGCUCUUUAAUUCGAAGGAACACAUUGUUUGUUGAAAACAAUGAAAUUCAUUUGCUGAAUAUCGUUUGAUAAAUUUUUAUAAGAAUUGAAAUCAAACUUUAAAAGUUUUGCCCUAAAUUUUUUGCUAUUUUCUAUCGCCAGGUAAGCAAUUAUUAUUUCAAGCGUAUUUGUCAAAAGCAGAUGUUUAAUUAAAGUAUAUUAAGCCUUAUUCUAAAAACAUAUAUUGAGGAUUUAUCAAAGACUGGUGUCAAAUACAAAUCAAAUCUUAAGUUGCAGAAUGCGUGCUGUUGUAUAAUUUUUUAUUCUCUGGAUUAAUUUUACAUUAGUUUGUUUACCAGGAACUAGUGCAUACUUUGUCAAACGCAAAAUUUGUGAAGGUGUUUAAGAAAUAGAAAAAUUUGAAUAGUUAUUUCGUAUGCUUUCCCGCUUAGAAACAUGUAAUAGCGGAAAAUUAUUGAAAAAUUCUUAUUAAAUUAUCAGCUGUCAAAACGUAAUGCAUGCAUUUUAAAUUGAUUUCGGAUGAAAGUCGAAAAAUCGUAACUCAAAAUAAAAGAACAAAAAAACAAUUAAACCAAUUGCAUAUGUAGUAUUUAAUUGAAAAGUCGUGGUAUAUCUCUUAGCAAAUAUCAUCAAAAAACCUCUUACUUAAUUUAAACAUUUCCGCAACUAGGAAUCAACUUUUCUUCAUUACUAAAAAUUCAAAACUUAUGAACUAAUUAGUUCAAAUUUGUUAGCUGUUUCUCUAGUCAUUAUUUCAAAAUCAAUUUUUAAUCAAAAGUGUGAAAACUGCUUACAUGUAAUCAUCCAGCCACAUAUUGAAUUCAAUAUUUUUUUAUGAAUAAAUAUUUCAAAUAGCUUUAAUGUUGGCGAUUAAGCGAAAAUUAGGUUUUUUCGUGUAUUUAUGAAUUAUUGUGUGUGAAGAAUUAGUUUGCAACUUUUACAAACGAAUACUUUAUGAAAGUUCUGCACAACAUCGCCAUCAGUAAUACUUCCAUUAAUACUUGUUUCCUCGAAAAUAUUUUCAAAAUGAAUCUUGAAAGUGGGAUUGAAGCACAAGACUGCAUUUACGUAAUCAGCACAUCCAAAUUUCAAGCGACAGUUGUGAUGACUUUAAGAAAUUUCUCCAAAGUGUGCAAAAUACCAAACAUUAUUUUUAAAAGUCCAUCUUUCAGCUUUUCGAACGCAACCUGGACAGUACAAGUUUGUCCCAAUAGUUUGAAAACUCACGAUGCAGAAGGCAAGGUUCUUUUGUAUGUGAGCCGGAUGUCCUCUUCGGUGCCAGUUCACAAGUUGAGCUUGACAAUCGGAUUUAGAGACAAAUUUCACGAAAUUGUUGGAGAGCGUAAGGUAGAGCUUAAGUUCCAAGAUGCAACCCCUCUAGGGGUUCGCACAACUCUGGAACUUGAAGAUGUCAUAGGAAGCAAUAUAAUGGACAUACUGGUGAAUGACAACCUUGCCGUUUAUUGCAACAUUAAAGAUGCCCAUACCGAUGAAGAAGCUCUAGAUGACAUCCAAGAUGGCGAACAUAUGUCUUACUGUUUGGAUGCUUUAUGCAGAGACUAUGAAAAUCUGUACAUUACAGGAGACUAUUCUGAUGUUACUUUGCGAUCGAGCAAGGAAGAAAUAUCAGCUCACAGAGCUAUACUUGGUGCAAGAUCCGAAGUCUUCAGUGACAUAUUCAAACAAAACAACCCUUGCACACAUGUCAUUGACGAUGUUGAUUCUGAAACCCUUAGGAAUUUGCUUUUCUACAUUUAUACUGGAAAAGUUAAGGAAUUGUCUAGUGAUAACGUGUCCAGACUUUUCGCUGCUGCAGAAAAAUUUGCUAUAGAGGAAUUAAAAGUGAUGUGCAAGAGGUACAUGAAGAAAAAUUUGUCUGUGGCAAACGUCUGCGACGUCAUCACACUUUCUGAAAAAUACAACCUGGAGGAUUUGUCUUUGCUGGCUAAACGUUUCUUGCACAAGCAUGCGGCUGAAGUCGUGGAGUCCAAAGAGUGGUCGUAUUUUGAAGUAGAGUGCCCUGAUCUUGCCCUGACACUGCUGAGGUCAUUCGUUCGCGAGCAUAAAACUGGCGAAGAAAAUAAACCCGCAGCAAGCUCGGAAAACUCUGAUGCUACAAGACCUCCUCCAAGAAAUUCCAAAGACUCUAACGCAGUCACGAGAUCCACAUCCUUUCGGCGCAUUUGUAUCUUUCUCACUUAUCUGAUUUUUGUCUAUUUAUUUUGUUAUUUUGCUUCUUUUUGUAUCUGAUUCUUAAUUUUUUAUGACAAAUGCGUGAUGUGAGUUUUAUUGUUACCCCCCCUCCCUUCUUCUCACAAACUGUCACAAAUUCAAGAACCCCUUCAACCCUACCAGUGUGAAAUAAUUUGUGAACGAUGUCUAAAAAGACGAGACACUUGUAAACUUUUUUUUUGUGAACAUGCCUCUGGCACAUGUGAACACACUUAAAAGUCAAAACAUUACGAUAUAGUAGAAAACAAGAUAUUAAAGAACAAAUUCUUUAAUAUCAUAGAUAUAGAAGCAGAUUGUAACAAGUGGAUUUUGCUUAUUAGGUGAAUUUAAAUUGCGCAGUAAUGGGCCAAAGAAAGUAUGUUUCUUCCCCCAAAUAGUACAAAUGCCGAAUCGGAAUACAUGCUCACAGCUGCAAUUCUGAUUUACCGUCCAUUGAAAUGCAUUUUAACCUUUUAUUUAACGAGGGUACUUUAAAGCAUCACCAUAUUCAAAAUUGAAUAAAAUGAAUUAUUAGGGGAGGUUGGAAGGUCACCAAUACUUUACACAGCAAAUCUAUAACUCCCUUUAUUUUCACUAGAUGGCAAUAAAUGUUCCAUUACUUUUUAUUUGUUCUAGGUAGCAUCUUCUAGCGUCAUGUGUAUAUUCGUAUAUGUCAUUGUAUGAACUCAUCACCUGUGUUUAAAUAUAGUUCUAUACCAUCCUGAGAAUUGAGAUGGUAUAGAAAUAGUGUUUAUACCACCUCCAAUUUUAUAUCAACCUUUUUCAAUUUUAAGUCCUGAUGUUUUUCUAGACCUUUCUGUACCGAAUGUGCUUAAAAAUACCAUGCAUUUAAUCGUCUUUUUAAUUACAAGGCUACAAGAAAUAAUUACGAUGUUUAUUGUUUCUAUUUUUUUAAUUUGCUCUUAAAAGUAGUGAUGAUAAAAUAGAUUUUCUAUGUAACUAAUAAAGUAGUAAAUACAAGGUUUGUAAAAAAUCAACGCAAAUAAAUUGGUCUAAUGUAACAGAAACGACUGUGAAGACACUGCUCAGUAUGAACCUUCAAACCCAGAUAGUUGGUGGACGGGUAAAUUUCAUCAUAAUAUCAUCUCUUCGGAUUAUUGAUGCCUUAUUAUUUUCAGGAAAAACAACGAUUUUUUUUAUUUGUUCUCACAUGAAUAUCGCAUAUACUUUAUCAGAUUCCCUUAUAUAAGUUUGGUCGUGUUUUUUAGUUUUAGUUAUAUUAAAAUCAAUAAAAAAAAAAAAAUGCAGUUCUUUC